AUGGUUGAGGCCGAGGAAUCCUCCGAGGCCACACCAUUGCUGCAAAAGGCGGCACCCAUCGUGUCUGCGCAGGAAUGCCGGCAACAUAAGCAACUGCUCCGAUGUUUCUUGAACUUGAAGCAGACGGUCUCAAAAACGAAAGGUCUAUUCAAGACCGAGUAUGUCCACGAAAUUAAAACUGAACUAGACCCGAUAGCCCGACAGUCCACGGUGGAGGAACGUCGAUGGUCAAUCUAUGUCUCACGGGCUAUCCAUCGAUUUUCCGUUUGGUGGACUCAUUUACCAGCCCUAGGCACGCCAGGGCUUGAAUCAAGUCAAUUAUCGGAAAAGCCGUACGGGCAGCAUGGCGGAUGGGCAUGGACAAUGGAUCAGAUGCCUCCAUUAGACAUUGUCGAGAUCUUUUUGGGCCGAGGUGGCAUGAGCGAGAGAUUAAAGGACCAAGAUUAUGAGUUGCCGCUGAAUCGAGCUAUCAUAUACGGCCAUAUCCCCAUAUUGCAAUUUUUUCUGCAGAGAGGGGUGAAUCCCUGGUAUGCCCGUGAGGGUUACACAGCUCUGGUUGCCGCGGUAUGCGGCGGCCAUGUAGAGGUUGUUCAGCUCCUGCCGUGGGAUGCUGAGCAUCGACAUCUUCUUGACCCUGGCCGGCAGCUUCGAGAGCUCGGACAAGCGCUCUGGACUGCUGCCCACUAUGGCAAUGAAGAGCUAAUUCACUUGCUGUUGGCAGAAGGUGCUGAUGUGAAUUUCCGGAGUGAAGAUACAAUCCCGCUAGGUAAUGCAGUGAUCAAUGGUCAUUACUCCACCGCGAAACUUCUCCUUCAAGCUGGGGCCGAUCCGAAGAUGGUUGAUUGCGGUAACAUAGGACUCCUCGCGCGGGCUGCGGAGCCAAGUGUCGCAUGCUUCAUGCCGCGGGCCGAUCAGGCCCCCGUUAUUCCAGGACGCGGCUCGAACGAGCUCAUAGCGCUUCGCCAAUACUUGUUCGACGAGUUGAUUCGCAAUUUCCACCCACGGACGCUACCCGAUAGCCAUCAAGUGUUUGACGAUGCCGUGACAGCGUUCAUCAUAACGAGUAUCGCUCCCAGCGAGAAGCCUGUCGAAUCUAGUCUCCAGUACUCGCUCACAUUUCUCACUUUCAUUGUUCAAAAGUUGAAUUUGCAUAUCGAUGCACCAGAAUUGAGUAUGGAAGACAGAGAGGAGAGAGAAGGCUGUGGUGGGCCGCGUAUAUUAUCGACCGUCACUCUUCCCUAUCUUUCAAUGGUCAUCCUCGCAUAA